AUGUCUCUGCUGCUGGUGCUUCUGCAGCUAUUGCAGCCGCAGGCCACGCGCUUGGCAACAGAAGCUAGCGUGGGCUUACCACAGAACUACAGCUCCUUCCUUCAGGCUUUUGGGCUCUUGGAGAGGCGCUUGAAGGAGGGCCCAGAGAUGUGGAAGAUCAGGGAGGAAGCCUUCUGGAGCAGGCACACCAUGGCCACGAAGCAGAAUCGUGAUCCGGAACGUCGCUGGGUCGCUGCAGCCAGUCACUUGUUCGACGCGACCGAAGCGGAGAUGAAGGAAAUGACCGGCUACACGCCAAAGACCUCUGCCUCGAUGCACAAGGCACUUGGAUUCCUACACAUCCAGUCACUACCACUGCCGGAGAACCUGGCUCUUCCACAGGAUGUUGAUUGGCGCCAACACACGCCAACCUCGAACUUUGUUCGCACCCAGGGAAGCUGCGGCUCUUGCUGGGCUGUUGCCUCGGCCAAUGCCCUGGAGAUGCACGCAGAGCUGAACGGCCACGGAAGUGCCGGCGUGGCUUACGAAGAGAUCUUGAGCUGCACCCCAAACACGAGGCAUUGUGGAGGAGACGGCGGGUGCUCUGGAGCGACGGCAGAGCUGGCUUUCCAAUAUGUGAAGGACAGCGGCGUCGUAAUGAGGACGCCGGAGAUGGCAGCCGGAGGAGUUUGGGGGGAACGUUGUGGGAUGCAGCCGGGGCAGCGGAUCUGGACGGAUGGCUUCGUACGCGUCACGCCGAACUUAGCGCAACCGCUGGUGCAAGCCAUCGCCAUGCAGGGCCCGGUCGUGGUGUCGGCAGAUGCGACCAACUGGGAGACGUAUAGCUACGGGAUCUUCGACAGUUGCAGCAAGGAUGCCAGGGUGAAUCAUGCAGUUCUGGCAGUCGGCUACGGCCAGUCCGCCAGCGGGAAGUAUUUUCUUAUCAGGAACAGUUGGGGUGGAAUGUGGGGCGAGCAAGGGCACAUCCGAUUGCUCCGCUUCGAUGAUGGCCCUGGCCCCUCUCCGGCUUUCUGUGGCACCGACUAUCAUCCGGAAGAGGGAGUUGCAUGUCAAGGUGAGACUCGACCAGUGAAAGUCUGUGGAAUGUGCGGCAUUCUUUUGGAUUCCGCCUAUCCACUCGGUGUUCGUGUGGAGAGCUCGACAGGCGAGAGAUCGAGUGCACAGAAGAUGUAA